AUGGAAGCAUUAGUUUGUUGUUCUCUACCUUCCUUAACCACUGCAAAAGCCAGAAACACAGUUUCAAAGAAUUAUUGUUCCUUAACAGUGAGAAAAACCAGUGAUUUAUGGCUUAAGAAUUCAAGAACAAGAAGAAAAACAAGGACAUGUGUUGUGUCUGUGAGUGAUCUAACCACAGUAAUUGAUCCAGCUCCAGUUGAAAUCACAUGGCAAAUUGUUGUUGGAACUAUAGCUGGAAUUACACCUUUUGUGGUGGCUGGAAUUGAAUUUAGCAAGCGAAUUAUUGCUCAAAGAAAAUGUGAAACUUGUGGAGGGUCAGGACUUGUUUCUAUUGAAAAGAACUAUUUUCGUUGUCCCGAAUGCGGUGGAUUUCUUCCUUGGCAAUCAUGGAAAAGAUUUUUCUCUAGUUAA